AUGGUUGUUACUAAACCCCAGAGGAGAUCCAGGAGACCAGUUGGAACAUCUAUUACUCUUCAUGAACGGAAGGAUGGACUUCCAGAGAACAAGAAAACCAGCACCCCUAGUGGUGACACUGGCAACAACAAGGGCACAAUCAGCAGCACACCCACUGGUUCUCUCAAAGUGCCUCCAAACUUUGUGCUCUCUAAAAAGAUUCUGAAAAAGAUUGAGCAUAGGAUGGAGUAUGUGAAGAAGCAGGAGAGUCUGCCUCCCCCUCCCAGCCCACUGAGGCAGGCGUCAGUCAGGUCAGCUCUGAACGGAGUCCCCUUCAUCGAGGCUGUCAAAACUUUCACGCCUAAAGUCAAGCCUGCUCACAGAGAGGCCAAGGCCCAGAAAGCCAAGACCUCCAAAUCAGACUAUAACUUAAGCCAAGACUUCAGCACUGCUGCCCAGACAAUACAGCCAGCAUGCCAGCCACAGCACAACCCAGAGCCUGCUAGCAAACCAGACAAACCACCUGGAACUUCAGCAGCACCCAUCCCAAAUGCUGCCUCACCUGCCCCAAACAACUUGUCCUUUCCUCUUGGGACAACCACACCUUCAGCACAAACCCAGAAAGAGAAACGGUCUAAAACCCAACCUCAGACUAAAGCAGCCCCUGAGGCUCAGGGCGCUGGUAGCACCUCGACCAGUUGCACCACGAGCAUCACCAGUAAACCAGCGGGGACAGGAAGCAGCAGCCAGCUCACCUUCUCUCCCAACUCUGUGAGCGGACGUGCCCAGGCUGCCAGACUGAGGCUGAAGCAGAUGAGAGAGGACAGGUCCAGGGCCCAGCCAGCAGAGGACAGGUCCAGGGCCCAGCCAGCAGAGGACAGGUCCAGGGCCCAGCCAGCAGAGGACAGGUCCAAGGCCCAGCCAGCAGAGGACAGGUCCAGGGCUCAGCCAGCAGAGGACAGCAAAGAGGACAGGUACAGGGCUCAGCCAGCAGAGGACAGCAGAGAGAACCACCUCUCGACAGAGCCACCCAGAGCUUCACAUCGAGCACCAGUUCAACCCCCACCACGACCCCUCACACCAGGACCAAGCCAAUAUCGAGGCCCUAUCACCAUCAAGCAGGGACAGAAGCCCUCAAGAGGACAGCCAGAAGCCAGACCCACUACAGAGGGCAAGAAACAGCCAGAGGUCAAACCCUCAACAGAGGGCAAGAAACAGCCAGAGGUCAAACCCUCAGAGGGCAAGAAACAGCCAGAGGUCAAACCCUCAGAGGGCAAGAGUCCACAGCAGCUGCAGGAGGGCAUCAGGGAAGCAUCAGGAUUCACCAGGACACACUACACUAACUGGUACGUAUCUAAUGCCCAGUUGCCCUCCUUUACAGAGCCCAUGGUUGCCGAGGCAACACAGCUGAUGGACAGGUAUCAGAAGUAUUGUAAUGAGUUCCAUUAUCCUGAUGGCAGAGGUGUGGUAGAUUUCUCCAAGUUCAGCAUGUCUACAACACUUGGCGGUAAGGUGGAUGAUCCUACAGAGGUAAACACAGCCUUUGAGGAGUGGUACAGUGGCAUCAACCCUUUCACACCUAAAACUACUACUGACAUACCCACUACCCAGCUACCCCAAGCCUCAGACUCAAAACCCACGCCAGACGCCCCAGCCAAGGCUCCUCCCGCUCAGUCCAGGAAGAAACAGACACCAGCGGUGGCUCAGUCCAGGAGGGCAGAAAAGGUGAAGACAAAGGAUACCAAGAAAGAGGAACAAAUUGAGGAUAUCCCACCAGCCUCUCCCCCGUCUCCCAAGUGCCCUCCCUACCCAUCAGGCUGCUGGCACCCGUUCACGGUGGAUAAGUCCUGCUCGCGCCAGGCCCGCUGCCAGCACCGUGCCACUAACACAGCGCUGCCACCCAACAUCACCAAGUGGUUGAACGUGAGGAGGAACUACCUGUGUGAGCCCCCCUGGGUCACCACGGCAACCCUAGCCACCUCCCUAGCGCUGAGAGAGAGAGAGGAGAGACUCGCUAGUGACACACAUUCAUUCACAAAUACUGGAGGAAAUAUUUAUACCGAGUAGUACAGUAGUCAUGUUAAGUCACCUAAUUAAAUUACACUGUAAGACCAUAAGUCAGGAACAAAAACGAUUUUAUUAUUUUAAAAAUGUCAAAAAUGUUGAUAAUAUUUCAGAAACAAACAUUUGUAUUUUCCAGAUCAAUUAGAUUACAAACCAUUGAGGAGGUGGAGCAAGACAUUAAACAAAUACUUUUACAGCAAUUCUCUUUUGUCAGUUGCCAGGAGACGAGGCCAGGGCAUUGAAAACCCUAGAGUUUGAAGAUGGUACCUCAGAGGACAAGGAGAAGCCAAAUAAGCAGGUGUAAUAAUGCAGGACGCCAACCAUUUAGAGACAUGUGGAAGACCACCACUGUAUAGGCCACUGUGCUACAGCACACUAUGAAUGAGUAAAAUGGCAAAAAUACACCCUAUUCCCUAGACAUAAA